AACUUGCAGCUGAUCCUCAGCCCCUGGCAGCCUCCCGAGACAGAAACCACUCCUUGCUGUACCCUAGGGUGUGCUCAGCAGGCAGCAGCCGCAGGGAAACGGGCUUCACUGGCUUCCCCAGCAUCUUUCCUCCUCCCCUGCCUCUACAACUUGGUACCCAUGGCUGAGGAGAAGACCUUUCGCUAUGGGUUCAUCAUGCUGGGUUUCUUCCUGGUGAUGACGGGGAUGUUCAUCAUGAGUGUGGAAAAGCCCCAGAUCUACAUCACCUUCUGCACCCUGGGUGUCCUGCUUGUGGCCGUUGGCAUCACCUGGAGCAUGUGCCAGUGUUACCCCAAGAUAACGUUUGUCCCUGUGGACCUCGAAGCUGAGCGGUUCCUGGACCACAAACCCUUCAUGCUGCCGGAGAAGGACACCCACUUGAUUGUAGCCUGCCCCAACCAAGAGGCCACCAGCACCUACGAGAAGAGCCUGCCAUCCUACGAGCAGAUCCAGAAGCAGGCGGUGGGCUCAACCCCCACAGCCCAGCCCAAACCCCGCAGCUGCUCCCAGCCCAUGGUGCAGGCCAGAGCAGAGGUUCAUCAGGAGCAGGGGGGAGCUGGGGAUCCCCCUCCAGAGACGGCUCCUUUGCUGGAAACGGCGGCAGGCAGCUGCCCCCCCCAGCCAGCCAUGGGGGCUGCACCGCUGGCAUCGCUCCUGGAGGACAUGGACACGCCAUCGCUGGAGGGCUCCGUGCCCGGCAGCCCCGUGCCACAGGGUCGUCCCCCACCAUACACCACCCACUCUGGCUGCACCCCAACCAGCUCUCCAGCCAGGGGAGAGAACCCCAGCUCCCCCCGCAAAGGCACCAGGGAGGAGGAUGACCUGUAUUAUGGGCUCCGAGAGGGGCCGGACACUCUCCUUGAGGACAAUGACUGCCUUUUUGAGCCUGAAAACUGAUUUCCUGGAGAGAAGAGCCACUUGGCAAGGACCCGUCUCGUGGAGGGGACACAAACAUCACAGCCUGGAAUGGAGAGGCUAGGGCUGCUCCCCAAAAGUCCCUGCAGUGUGGAGGAGCACCCAGGCUCCUGCCCUUCCCCCGUCCCAUCCUGUGCCCCUUGCACCCCCUCCCCCACCUGCACCGGAGGCUGCUGUUCUGCAAAACCCAAGAGGAGCAUCAUCAUCUCCCAAAUUUCUGCAGCAGAAGGGACAAGGACCCUCUCACUGACCCCUUUGGGUGGGUGCAGAUGAACAUGAAUGCCGGGCUGGGCAGGAUCUGGGCUAAAUAAUGUGCUUAGGAAGGGGAGAGAUUAGCUUUGCUGCUUGAAACAGGAUCAGUGUUCAGGUAGGUGAAGAUGUAUUCACCCCAGGUAGGCUUUAUGAGGAAAGUAUGUCUCCAAGGCCUUUUUCUCACUUAUCAAAGCUCCUCUGGAAUUAAAAUUAGAUCCUGAAA